UUUUAUUCCGCUGCGUUUCACGGCCACAGAUUCCUUGCCACGAGCGCGUAUCGUGCACGCGAGGCCGUACGCAGCCACUGCCUAUAUAAACUUGCGUGGGUUCCCGACUGGCAACAAGUAGGUUGAAACGCUUUUGGCUUUUUCAAUUGGAUUCAAGAAGUAUCUGCGAUUCGUGAGAUCCGAUUGCUUUUUCUCGGCCAUGGAAGACCAGAAAGUUGUUGAAGUUAAGGACGGAAUCAUCCCAGUUGAUUCUUCAUUUCCUGGUCAUCAAGAAGUUCUUGAUGCUAAAGAUGGAACAAUCUCGGUUGCGUCUGCAUUUGCUGGUCAUCAAGAAGCUGUUCAGGACAAAGAUCACAAAUUCUUGAGAAGAGCAGUUGAAGAAGCUUACAAAGGUGUAGAUUCUGGCGAUGGAGGUCCUUUCGGCGCCGUUGUCGUGCGUGAUGGAGAAGUGGUUUCCAGUUGCCACAACCUGGUUCUCAAGCAUACUGACCCGACUGCCCAUGCAGAAGUUACGGCCAUUAGAGAGGCGUGCAAGAAAUUGGACAAGAUAGAGCUAUCGGACUGUGAGAUCUAUGCUUCCUGCGAGCCGUGCCCUAUGUGCUUUGGCGCUAUCCAUCUCUCGAGAAUCAAGAGACUGGUGUAUGGAGCCAAGGCCGAAGCUGCCAUUGCCAUAGGGUUCGAUGACUUUAUUGCCGAUGCAUUACGAGGGACCGGAUUCUACCAAAAGGCUAAUUUGGAAAUCAAAAGAGCCGAUGGUAACGAGGCCCUCAUAGCGGAGCAGGUGUUUGAGAAAACGAAGGCAAAAUUUCAGCUCUACUGACACCACACCACACCACACACAUACAUACUUAUUUCUCCCCGCUUGUUUGUUUGUCUUAUCCAUCCGUUCGUAACGUUUGCAUUGUCUGUCCGUACUCUCGUAGAUAUGAUCAUCUUACAAUAACGUACGUGUUUAACAUUCAGAACAUUUUUCAAUAAUUGAUUAUGGUUCUCGAUGUAAGUUGGAAACAUAUAACCUCACUUUCUCUCUCUUUAUGGUAAGUUCUUUUAGAAUUCA